AUGCAAGGACUGUGCCUGUUCGGGGCUGCGCUAUGCUCGAUUGUACAUUCACAAGAAACCUCUUCGCCUUUCCAGUGUCAGCAGGAGGGCAGCAUCGACUUUGCAGACGGAUCGUCUGAAAGUUUGGAAGAGACCUUCGAGGUCAAACUCUUGCAGGUGAAUGCAGAGCUGGGACGCACGUCCAAUGAGGCCACAGUGUGGCGCCUGCACAGCUCGCAGGCCCCGCCGGCUCCGCUGCCUCUGCACCGCCAGUCCUUGAGUGUCGAAUUGCUUGAGCAAGCCGAGCAGUACUUUGCUCCCAUCUUGACCUCUGUCCUUCUGCCUCAUGCAAUUGCUUUUGGGGUGGCACAAUUUCUGCUCCGGCGCCACCGUGGCAAAGCGGCUGAGUUUGUGGAAGCAACGGAGACACAGGAGAAGAAACCGCGAAGCUUUUCUUACAUCAUUCCACGAGUGGCUCCGAUGUGGAUCAUUCAUGUUCUGUCUCUUUUCGCCUACGGCAUUUCAGCCCCAAGCCUUGAUUACAUGUACUUGAAUUCUUUUGCCCAGAAGUACGAAACUGAUGGGCAAAAGCGGCUGGACUGCUCCAGCCAAAUGCAAUCCUUGCCGUGCAGUCGAGCUGCCGUGGACAUCACGCAGCUUAAAGUUGCGAAAGGCUUUGCUCACCCGGUGAUCCAAUUUGCUACUGGGCCUGCUCUCGGGGCUCUCAGCGAUGCUUUCGGCAGGCGGCCCGCAGUGCUUUUUAUCCGAGUUGCCCUGCUGCUCCCCACUAUGGCAGCAGCAGCGGUCGCAUGGUUUGACCUUUCUAUAUGGUGGGAAUUCGGAGUGCAGUUCCUUGGUAUGAUUCCCUUCGAACCCGUUCCUAUUGCCUGGUAUAUAGACCGCAUUGACCACACCCCUAGCCUCGUUCUCUCAGCAUCCAUGGUGGAGAGUUCCUGCAUUCUUGCGACGAUUUUAGGUUCUCUGCUGGGCAGCAGCUUGACCUUAAAAAAUGCUAUGCUGCUUGGCAUGUUGGGGAAGCUCGUCUGCUUGCUGAUUGCGAUCUGCUGUUUGCCAGAGUCCUUGACGGUACCACAACAGCAGCGCGUCAAGUUUGCCUGGUCCAACCUUCUGCCAACAUCUGCAUUGCGGAUACUUUUUCAGAGUCCUCUGGUGGAGAAGAUCACAGCACUUGGAAUCUUCGAUGCCUUCCAUUACAACGGUUUCUACACCCUGUCGGCUCAGUUUUUGCAGCAGCGGCUGGCUUGGUCCCGUCAAGACAGCUAUGUCAAUGGGAUGUUGGAGCAGAGUUCUCAAAUGCUGUGGUUGACGGUAGGGGUAAGCGCAUUGUGGCCAUUGCUGGGACAGGUUGGUAUUAUCGCUUCGGCUACGGUGGCGGCUGGCAUCUCCCAUCUCUGGCUAAUGAUGUCGACUCAGCCUUGGCAGGUGAAGCUGAACAGUCUUUUGCUCCGAGGGACCUUGAGUAUGUCCAAUUGCGUCAUAAUUGGCAUCACAGGUAAGGCGGCCAAAAAAGAGCAGCAGGGCACGCUCCAGUCAGCCAUGGGUUUGGUGAUCCAAAUGAGCUCGGCAUUGGGGCCUCUAGCUUUCCUCACGGUUUACCGUCUCUGCGAUCCGACUGCCCCUGGGGCUCCAGACUGGCGCAUGAUGUUUUACGUGGCUUAUGGACUGCUCUUUGCUGUGCCCAGCUUAAUAAUCACAUUUGCACUCCGCAGGUUUGUAGUGGACUCGAAUCCUGCUUGA